AUGGCCAUGGAAUCGAUGGUGCGCGUGUCCAAGGGAGUUGGGGUCGUUCCGGCGGCCGCAGCCAACCUGCAUUUAACGCGUCCGACGAACAGAGAACGCGUAAGAAACACCAAUCAAGAGGCGCACGCCCUGCUGAAGGACAUCAGCAGUGGACAGAACUUCAAUCCCAAGGUGACGAGCUUCCUCAAGAGUGUGGAAGAGCUCACCAAGGACCUCCUCUUAACCCCCAUGAAUGACUGGCAGGACGAGUUGGGGGCGCUGCGACGAGACAUCCAGGGCAUCAAGGCAGCUAUAGAGCAGCCUUCGAAGCAGAUAGUGGAAUCGUUUGCAAAAAUGGCAGCCAAGGCGCCAGCGCCGGCCCAUUUCCUGUCCUCCCAGUCCUCAGGCUCUGAGCCUGCACGACCAAUGGAGGUUGCACGUGAUCGCGAGGUGGUCGUCUGUCUUGGCGACCGUGCGCAAAACAGCAUCUUCAGGCGGUUGACGCUAGCUGAGCUCACAAAGAGGGCAAAUCAGGCCAGGGCCAAGGCGGCAACGAACUCGAGAGACCCCGUUUCCGCCCUAGCUAUUGUCAUGAUCCUAGCAUCGCGCCAGUUGAGAUCGGGCGAUCUCCGCUUCACGAUGCGGAAUGUAAAGGAGGCUGAGAUCAUGAGAAUACAUAGAGAUAAGUGGGCUAAGGGUCUCUGUAAGACAGCGUUUGUUCAUCUCCUAAUAUGGGGCAUCAUCGUGCAUGAUGUUAACGUACGCUCGCUGGGCAUUGACAAGGCGACGGACGAUCUGAGACUAGUGCAGGACCAGAUCAUAAAGGAGAUGCUGGCGGCGAACGUGCAUAACUGGGGAGGGGAGAAAGACGGGAGCGAAAUUACGAAAAUCAGCUGGCUUAAGAUCCCGGCAGGGAAGAAGAGCGGCUCGCUUAUCGUCGAGUUCGUGUCGCCAAUCAUAGCAAAUGAGGCGAUCGCAAGAGGAGUCCUGUGGGAUUGCGACCGGCUAUAG